AUGGCAGACAUGGAGCCAUCCAAUUAUUCUGCUCCCAAUGAAACUUGGACUGUGGAAUCUCUUGACUUGUAUAAAAGACUUAAAAGUGAUUUAAUAGAACAAGGAAAUGGCGACUGGCUUGAACACAAGAGCACCAUAUAUUAUGGUGAAAGAAGGCUUUUCACUAAAGCAUUAGUCAAUGAAUAUCCAGGGAAAUUCUUUGAGUAUGUAUUUUUCUUCAGCAAAAAUGAAAAGAAGGUGAAAGGAGUGAUUCAGUUUGGAUCAUAUACCCAGGGACCUCCAGGAUGGGUACAUGGUGGUGCAAGUGCUUCCAUGAUGCAUUCUGCCAUUGGCGUUUGUGCGUCCAAGUCAUUUCCUGAUUGUGUGACAGCUUCUUUGGCCGUGGAUUUCAAAAGUCCUCUUCUCCUUGAUGCGACUGCUCUUGUUGAAUCUUGGGUUGACAAAGUGGAAGGAAGAAAGAUCUAUGCUUUGGCAGAAUUAAGAUCCCCAGAUGGCAAAGUGUUACAUAGUUCUUCCAAUGCAUUGAUAAUUCAACUGCAGCCCCAGGAUGAAGAUGCUGACAAAGGGAAAAAUCCAUUUGGUGACAAAAAAUGA